AAAGUAGCAUUGAAGUAUUCCUAUUUCCUUGGUUGCAUUUGAAUAGUGGCGGUAAAAGAUUCUACUAAAGCGCGACCUUGCGAGAAAAAUCGUAAACGUCAGUGAACAAAGAGAGGCAGCCGCUAGCACUGAAAUUAAGGUUGUGUUCUAUCUCUGUUCGAUAAACGCGUACAUUUUAAGUGCGAACAGGACGGUGUCUUCACUUUUGGCCAUCAAUUCAUAACCAUCUUUCUUUCUUGUGCAACUGUUUCUCGUCGGUCGUGUUCUGGAUCGAGUGCGAACGCAGGAUGGACGCCAUUCGUGCGAGAUAAAUUGUGAUAAAUUGUGGCAUCGCCGUGGAAGCGCCAGGCUCGUGGCUCUCGGCUCGUGGCUCGUGGCGAUAGUGCGUGCAUCAGUGGCGGGCGUGGAGUAUGCUAUAUGUGUGACUGGCGCCGGUGCGAGCGGCUGGCCUCGAGCGCGAGCGCGUGCGAGCACGGGGAGCGCGGGGCCCGGCCCGGGGCGCGCGGACAGCCAUGGCGGGCGCGAGCUGAUCGGGCGGCUGCGGCGUCCGCCCGCGCUCCGCCGGCCCCAUGCGAACGCCGGAGGGUUUAUGGGGAUUUGCGUGAGCUGCCGGCGCCGCGAGCGAAAGGCACCCGAGAAGCGUUGGGUGCCGGGAGCGGGCGGGCCCGCUAAGGGCGCGGCGGCAGAGUUGCUCCCGCGGCGCGCGCCCCCGCCGCCAGCCAUGGCCAACUCCAUCUCCAACAUCAAGAUGACGAACCCCAUCAAGGGCAUCGUGAGCAAGCGCCGGAAACGAUACGUGAAGGACGGUUACAAUUUGGACUUAGCAUAUAUAACAGACAGGUUGAUAGCGAUGGGCUACCCGGGAGACAAGCUGGAGGGGGUGUACAGGAACCACAUCGACGACGUGUACCGCUUCCUGGAGCAGAUGCACAAGGAGCACUACAAGAUAUACAACCUGUGCGCUGAGCGCACCUACGACAGCAACAAGUUUCAUCAGAGGGUGCAACGGAUCAAGUUAGAAGACCAUGCGCCGCCCAAGAUCACUCAGAUCCAGGAGUUCUGCACGGACGUGCACACUUGGCUGAACGAGGACGCGCGGAACGUCGCCGCCGUGCACUGCAAGGCAGGCAAGGGGAGGACAGGUACAAUGGUGUGUUGCUACCUGCUGUACAGCGGGCAGCAGGAGACGGCGGACAAGGCGCUGCAGUUCUACGGCACCAAGAGGACGCACGACCAGAAAGGCGUGACGAUCCCGUCGCAGCGACGCUACGUGGACUACUACGCGGCGCUGGUGCGCGGCGGGCUGGCGUACCGCGCGACGCGCGUGCACGUGCGCGAGCUGCUCAUGUCGCCGCCGCCCGCGCUCGCCGGCUCGCAGUGCACGCUCGAGGUCACCGUCACGCAGCCCAAGGAGAAGCCCGAGCAGACGUUCAAGGCGUCGCUGGGCUCUCACGAACUGCGGCGCGACGGCACGGGCGCUGCGGGCGGCGGGGCAGCGCGCGUCGUAGCGGCAGCCUGCACGCCACUGGCGGGCGACGUACGCGUGGACGUGUACUGCAAGCCAAAGAUGAUGAUGCGCAAGGAGCGCCUCUUCCACUUCUGGUUCAACACCUUCUUCGUCACCGCCUGCGUGGGCGCCGAGCCGGUGCCCGCGCCCGUCGACAGUCCAAACCUCGAGACGUUCAAACUGACGCUGGACAAAUGGCAGCUGGAUGACGCGCACAAAGACAAGCAACAUAAACUGUACAGCCCUGACUUUAAGGUGGAACUAAUAAUCCAAAAGCAGCCAGAAUCCUCAACGUUCAGCGGGCACUCCGUCCGGGCUUCACCAUCUCUGUCAUCUUGCGCUUCUUCCGGCUCUGAACCUGAUACAGAGCCGGACGCGCAUUGGGACUCCGGGGCGGGGUGCGAGCGCGUGGGCCGCUACCGGCCGUUGUCGCCCGAGAACAGCGCACACACGUGAAUCCACGUACUUGUGAGGGUCGCACGAGGGAUCAGUGACCUCCGCACUCUUCUAUACCUAAACCCCGCUUACCUCCCCCUCCGAAAAAUAUGGCAAAGGCUUAAAAUUUAAAAAAAAACUCGAAAAACUUUUUAAAUCUCGGCGCCCGAAAAGACUUUCCUCCGAGCCUUUACCGUAGUGACUUUAAAAGUUUUAACGGACAAUGUAGUGUUAUAUGUGUGUUUACGAUGUGUAGAUUAUGGAUUUUAAAUAAUUAAUUGAUCAAUUUUGCGGGUUGUGCCAUUGCCCCUGUGUACUAUUGACAUUGAAAAAAUAAAAAAAUGGUUCGAUUCUAAAUUUGAUGUGAUAAACUCAUUGACUUAUUAUAUGAGCAAGACUACUUACUAAUCGCUAAGAAAAGUUCAUCCAAACAAUAAUAGUUGUUAUCUGUCUCACUCAAAUUUAGACGUUAUAUCGUUACAGUAAGGUGCAAUUUGAAUUGUACGCAAUAGUGAGAAAACUGAA